AUUUUUUUCGUCAUUUUUUUCAACUUCCACAAUUUUUCUCCAAAAAAAUAUUUAAAAUGUCCAUUCCCAUUUUAUUCCCCCUUCUAUUAAUCUUUCAUUGUAUUAAUGCUGAGAUAACAACAAACUCUAAAAUUAAAGAAAAUUCGAAAGUACAAUUGGUGUUGAAUGAAUGGCCAGGAGCUGGGAAGAAAAUGGCCCGUGGAGGGUUAAUCGAGUCUGAGGGGAUACUUGACCAUCUCGAUUAUUUUGAAACACGUCAAGAAGCUAGUACAGGGUUGAAAAUGCCCCAGACAAAUGCUAGACGCUGCCUAUUUCCUUGGAACUGUUAAAUAAAAAUAUAAACACUUUCUUAACCGAAUUUAGAUUUUAAUUUUCUUUUUGUUAAAAAAUGAAAGAAAUUAUGGCAAUAGUGUCGUUUACCCCCCUUUUUUUACCUCCACGCUUUUUCCUUUACAUGUACAGAAUGGUCAGACUUUUUCCUCCUUACAAUU